AUGGCUAAAUCCAAACAGUGGGUGUUUUUGCUACUAGCAGCGGUGGUUCUGGUUAAUGGGUAUGACGGAGAAGAAGGCAGAAGAGGGUGGGGAGGGCAGGAUCAGGGAGGAAAAGGGUGGGAGUUUCCACCAGCAGCAGGUGGUCCUGCCGGUGGUGGUGGGUGGGGAGGGGGGGAUCAGGGAGAAACAGGGUGGAAGUUUCCACCAGGUGAAGGUGGUCCUGGCGGUGGUGGAGGGAGUUGGGGGUUGCCGGAGAAGAAUAGAUACAUAUUGCAGGACUCUAAGCUUGUGGUGGCGACGGCUGCCGGCGGGAUGAGGGUGGUGAAAGGUGCCGGUGGGUUAUUCAAACAAAGUCCUAUGCAUAUUGGGUUCAUAACAAUGGAACCAAACACCAUGUUUAUUCCUCAGUAUCUUGAUUCCAGUUUGAUCCUUUUUGUUCAUAAAGGUGAAGUAAGGAUUGGUUCGAUUUAUGAAGAUGAAUUUGUAGAGGAUGAUUUGAAAACUGGAGAUUUGUACAGAAUCCAAGCUGGUUCAGCAUUCUAUUUGGUUAAUAAAGCUGAGGGUCAGAGGCUUCAGAUCAUUGCUUGCAUUGAUACCGCCGAGAGCUCCGACGAUUGGAAUGCUUUCCAGUCGUUUUUCAUUGCUGGAGGAAUAAAGCCGACAUCGGUGCUUGCCGGAUUCGGCCCCAAGACUCUAACGACAGCACUCAAUGUUUCAUAUGAUGUGAUUGGUGAGUUGCUUUACAGUCAAGGAGGAGGAGCAAUUACGUACUUGAACCCCGAUCGUGGUGGUGAUCGUGGUGGCGACCGUGGCGGUGAUCGGGGUGACCGUGGUGAUGACCGUCGCCGCCCUGACCGUGGUGGUGAUCAAGGUGACCGUGGUGGUGAUCAAGGUGAACGUGGUGAUGACCGCCGUCGCCCUGAUCGUGGACCUGAUCGUGGCCCUGACCGCGGCGGUGAUCGGGGCGAAGCGAUCCUAUGGAAGAGGUUCUUGGAGCAAGGAAAGGACGAGAGGGAAGCGCAGAUGAAGAGAAUGCUACCUGUACGCCGGAAGGACGAGAAGCCGAUAUCCUCAUGGAGGAAGCUCUUGAAAACCAUCUUCGGAGAGAACAGUAGCAACAAGUCCAAUAAGUCCUUGGACUCGUAUAAUAUCUAUGAUCGGAAAGCCGAUUUCCAAAAUGACUAUGGUUGGAGCAUCAUGGUUGAUCAGGACGAUUAUAAACAGCUUAGGAGAUCCGACAUCGGAGUUUAUCUCGUUAACCUCACCGCUGGCUCAAUGAUGGCACCACAUGUUAAUCCAACCGCAACGGAAUACGGUAUAGUAUUGAGCGGAUCUGGAAACAUACAAGUCGUGUAUCCAAACGGAACGUUAGCAAUGGACGCCGAAGUGAAAGAAGGGGACGUGUUUUGGAUCCCACGCUACUUCCCCUUCUGCCAAGUGGCUUCACGGUCGAGUCCGCUCGUGUUCUUCGGAUUCUCGACAUCGGCACACAACAACUGGCCGCAGUUCUUGGCGGGCAGAGGUUCUCUUCUGGAAACCAUGUUGUGUCCUGAGGUUGCAUCGGCAUUCGGUUUGAGCCAGGACCGGUUGAAGGAGAUUAUCACUAGUCAGAAUUAUACUACCAUCUUGCCAGCUACUCCUGCAUCACCACCAGGCGGUGGUGGUCAGGAUAUCCCUCCAGGCGGUGGCGGUGAGAUGGCACCGCCAGGCUCUGGCGGUGAAGAUGCCCCAGCCGGAGAGAGCAAGGGGAAGGGCGGUGGCGGUGAAGGUGACGUAUCGGAGGCGUCGUUAAUGGAGAAGAUGGAAUCAAAAAUAAGGAUGAAGAAGAGCAGCUUUGCGUACAAUAUGGCAAUGGGGAUGGAUUAAUGUUUAGGAGGCAGUUUUUGGGGUUUGCAUCUGUGUGUUGUUAUUGGCAUUUUAUGCUUUGUGGUUGAGGUGUUUGAUAUUUGGUCAUCAUCUGUAGUAAAUAAUGGUGGUUUAUGGUUUUUUGUUGGAGAUGAAUGGUCUUUUUACUUGGAAGGUUA